GCGCACUGAAAAAAGAAGACUCAAAAUCGUCUGCCAGCGAAUAGUCUACUUAUUCAAUUUCUUAACGUUGAAUCUAAUCCACGAUCUUAUUCUACUGAAAACUUCGUACCUACCGUUCGACGCAUACGUUGAUUCUCAAUCGCAUUUAACAAUUAUCUUAUGGAAAAUAUAAUAAAAAUGAGAUUCGCCGUUCCUUGCGCGGUGAUCUUUCUGCUCUUAUUCGCCUGUGCUGUAGCUGAAACAGCUGAUGAGGAAACGUUUCCUUUAAGUGAAUCGUUAGACGAAUUGGAUGCUGCCGAAAGUAGGAUGUCUUUAUCUAAAGAUGAAUACAGAUCCGAUGCCUGCAUACCGCUUCACCAUGACUGCACCAAGAAUCGUCAUGGCUGCUGCCGAAGUGAGAAGUUCAAAUACAAAUGUUGGUGCUUUUACAAAGCGGGGAACAACUCUCACCCUACAAAUGAAGAAACGUGCUCUUGUCAGGAGAAAUGGUAUCUCCGCAUGACGGAGAAAGUCCUGGACAAAGGAGCCAAAUACAUCGGCUGAUUUGAAAAAAAAUUAUAUUCUUGAAAUAGUAUUAAAUAAAGAACUCAUUUUCAUUA